CCUGUGUGCUGGCCUGGUUACAGGAUGAUAUUUGUGGGAGGAAAUCGUGAAGUCGCCGUUCAAGUUCUUACAACAAGAAUCAUACAGGAGCACACUUGAAAUGUCUCAAGGAGUAAAGAUAUGUGAUGUAGACCCCGAGCUGGUGAAGAACGCUAAAAAGUUCAGACUUCGCAAAGAAAAAACUAACGCCGCUUUGAUAAUGAAAAUUGAUGUUGAGAAACAGGUUAUAAAAGAGGAUGAGCUCCAUGAGGAUAUUUCCAUAGAUGACCUCCGAGAUGAGCUGCCAGAACACUUACCUUCAUAUGUGUUGUUUAGUUAUUGCUAUAAACAUGACGAUGGUAGAGUGUCAUAUCCACUUUGCUUCAUAUUCAUCUCACCCCAAGGAUGCAAGCCUGAGCUGCAAAUGAUGUAUGCAGGAUCCAAACUCAAUUUGAUCAAAGAAUUAGAUGCUACUAAGAUCUUUGAAUUGAGGUCUCUUGAAGAACUAACUGAGGAUUGGCUCAAAUCAAAACUAGCUUUUUUUAGGUAGUUAGGGUACACCAAACUCUCAUUUGAUGAGUUAUUCAAAGGGUCUUGACACGACACCUCAUAUUUCUUUAAAAAGAAAAAAAAACAUAUCUACAGUACUUGUACUUAUUUUAGAUACAAGUGCUAUUUUUACAGUUGUGAAGGAAGACUUCAUUAUAUUAGCAAGUUAUUGUGCACCAUGCUUUUCAAAAUUCAAAUUCAAUAAUUGUAUUAUUUUAUUUACAGUAGGAAAAAAUACCUUACGCUAUUUCAAAUCCCAUUAGAAUUACAUGUCAAUGAAAAGAAGUAAAGGAUUAAAGGAAUUUUCUGCCA